AUGUCAAAUAAACAACCACUUAAUGUAAAGGAUGCAUUGUCAUAUCUUGACCAAGUCAAAGUUCAAUUUGCUGAAAAAACUGAUGUUUACAAUCAAUUUUUAGACAUUAUGAAAGAUUUUAAAAGUCAAGCUAUCGAUACACCUGGUGUUAUUGAUCGAGUUUCAAAUCUUUUUAAAGGUCAUCCAACACUAAUUCAAGGUUUUAACACUUUCCUACCUUCUGGUUAUCACAUUGAGUGUUCCACAAAUCCUCUAGAGCCUGACCUUAUCACAAUCACAACACCUACCGGUAUAACAACUACAAAAGGUCUUUUGGAGCCUCACCACUCGCAACAAAAUCUUACUUCUUUAUCUGCCAAUUUAUCGACAGCCUCUUAUUAUAAUCCAAGUUUUCAACAUCCACCACCACAGCCACCGCCUACUUCUUCUCUAAUAUCUUCACUUACUCCACAUUCUCAAGUUCCACAACCACAACCUUCUUCCUCGUCACAACAACCAACCUUGGCUCCUUAUCAUAUCUCAACCGGAGGCCAACAGAAUCUAGUACAAGCUGUUGGUGUCGCUUCUUCGCAAAAUGUUGGUCAACCAAUAGGUCUUGGUUCUUCUUCACAAACAAUUGGAAGCGCUUCCCCAAUUCAUCAUCACCAGCAACAACAGCAACAAGGUGGUAAAAAAACUCCUAUCCGAUUUGGUAAUGAGCCUGAUACAUACAAACAAUUUUUAGAAAUUCUACAAACUUAUCAAAAAGAACAAAAACCAAUUCAAGAGGUUUAUGCACAAGUUCAAGUACUUUUCAAUAAUGCGCCAGAUCUUUUAGAUGAAUUUAAACAGUUUUUACCAGAUAUUUCAGGAAAUACUCCACAAGGUGGUUUGUUUAGUCAGAUCUCUCAAGGAUACGGUCUUUCUGCUGCUACUCGUUUACCUCCUGUUGGAAGUUUUCCAUCAUCCCCAUCAGGCCUUGCAAUUAACGCUGAUUCAUUUAGAAAAAGUUCAAUACCGGGUGGUGGUGGUCCAUCCACCAAUUCAAAUUCGUUGAGUGCAAAUGCUGUGCCUGGAACUGAUCGAAAUCUAGGCGGUCUUUCUGGAAAAACUAAAAAAUCAAAAAUUUCACAUAAAUUGCUUGAUCAAUCUCAUGUUGGCACAUCUUUAUCCAACGUAAAAACUGAACCACAUCAUCACCAUUAUAGUUAUGGUCAACCAAAUUAUUCUAAAUCAUCCGAAAGAAAUAGGUCGCCUCCAGCUAAUGCGUCUGAAGAAGAGUUGGCUUUUUUUGAAAAAGUUAAAAGAAUUAUCAACAGUAAACCUGUCUACUGUGAAUUCCUUAAACUUAUCAACCUAUACUCUCAACAAAUUUUAGAUUCGCAGGCUCUUGUCAAAAGAGUCUCUGCCUUUAUUGGUCAUAAUGCUGAAUUAUUUGAAUGGUUUAAACAAUAUAUAAAAUAUGAAGAAAAAGAUGAGAUUGUACAAAAUACUGCUUCUUCUAGACCACGUGUUGACUUGGAAGGAUGUAUAUCACAUGGCCCAAGUUAUCGUCAAUUACCGUCAUCAGAGGCAAAUUCGCAUUGUUCUGGCCGGGAUGAAAUGUGUUAUGAGGUAUUGAAUGAUGAAUGGGUUUCGCACCCUACAUGGGCGAGUGAAGAUGCUGGAUUUGUGUCACAUAAAAAGAAUCAAUAUGAAGAAGCAUUACAUAAAUGUGAAGAAGAAAGAUAUGAAUAUGAUAUGUUUGUUGAAGCAAACCAACACACUAUAGCUUUAUUAAGCCCAAUUGAUAGACAAAUUAGUAGGAUGUCAGCAGAAGAGAAGAGUAAAUUUAAACUUGAACCUGGUCUUGGCGGAAAAUCAAGGAUAUAUCAAAAAGUGAUAAAGAAAGUUUAUGAUCAUGAUAAAGGACUUGAUGUUAUUGAUGCAUUACACAACAAUCCAGGUGCUGCUGUUCCGGUGGUACUUAAACGUCUAAAACAAAAGGACGAGGAAUGGAAACGUGCAAGAAGAGAAUGGAAUAAAAUAUGGCGUGAAAUUGAAGCUAAAAAUUUUUACAAGUCACUUGAUCAUCAAGGAAUUACUUUCAAAAACGAUGACAAGAAAGUGCUUACUCCUAAAUAUUUGAUUUCUGAAAUUGAGAAUAUUUGUCGCGAAAAGGCCCAUCAUGAUGGAGAUACACUUGAAUAUCAAUUCAAAUUUUCGUUCAAGGAUUUGGAUGUAUUUAAGGAUAUCUAUAGAAUUAUUUUCUUUUACAUUGAUCGAUCUGGUACUUUUGCACUUAGUGAUCGUGAUAAAAUUGAAAAAUUUCUAAAUACAUUUCCACCAAGUUUUUUUGGUCUACCACCAACAUUCUUUCAAAUUUCAGAGGAAGAUUAUACUAAUGUUAAUAUUAACGUUAAUGAAAAUAUAAAUUAUAAUGAUAAUGAUGAGGACAAGGAAGAUGAUGAUAAUUAUGAUAAUUCAAGUAGCAUGGAUAUUGAUAUUACAAAAGGACCAUUAGCCACUGAACCAAUAAACUGUUCGUGGAUUCAAGUAUCAGAAGAGGUUAAAGAUAAUAUUCGUCAAGUUGUUACUAACGCUGGUAAUACUCGAUAUAAAAAGAAAACGACAUGUUAUUUCUUUGGAAAUACUGCUUUUUACUGUUUCUUUAGAUUCCUACAAAUGUUAUUUGAACGUCUUGAAAAAAUGAAAGCAGUAGCACAAAAUGAACUUUCAUCUGCUUCUCAUACUAGAAAACUUAAUCCUGCUGCUACGGAACUUGGUGUCCAGAAUAAUUUCCUUGACCCCGAUGUAGAUUUAGAUUUAAAUAAAGGAGAUCCUUACACAGUUAUGCUCGAAUUGAUUGAAAAACAAUUUGAUGGUGAGAUGGACCUAGCAACAUUUGAAGAAUGUCUCCGUUAUAUAUAUGGUACUAAAGCAUAUAUCAUGUUUACUGUCGAUAAGCUUAUUCAAAAUAUAACAAAACAGAUACAAGUUAUAGUUUCAGAUUCCAAGUCAGCAUCACUUAUUGAAUUAUUUGAAGAAAAUAAAAAAUUAUUAGAUCCAACAAGUGGUCGUUCUCAUAUAAUGUAUCAAUUGCAUGCUAACAAUACAAUUGAAAAAAAUAUGACAAUACUUUUAUCUGGCAGUGAUUAUACAAUAGGUAGUACAGUUUCAUCGGAAGAAAGAUGGGCAUAUUAUAUGUACAGUUUUAUGUCUUUAAAUCCUACUGAAGGUUUAAAUAGCAGGAAGAAAAAACCAUUUUUGAAAAGAAAUCUUCCAUCAUUUCGAAGAACAGAAGAUUUAGUGACAACUGCAGAAGUUCAUAAUGGUCUGGAGGUUAAAAUAUGUUUAAAUUCAUAUCAUAUAUUCUUUGUUAGUAAUACAGAAGAUAAUUUCAGACGAUAUCAAAGUGGUGUUUCUAAAGAAAAAAUGGAACAAGAUACUUCAAGACGUUUGGAGUUAUGGCAAAACUGGCUUAAAGCUCAAGAAAAGUGUUUAUCAUUAAAUGAAACCAAUUAA